CAUUGGCAUUGUCAUCUUUGACCACUUCCUGGACGGCUUGUGGCAAUGCUCAAGAGUCAAGAGACCACGAAGCACCCUGGACAAGAAUGGCAAGCUAGACUCGUAAGUAUUAGGUACUAGCAUUUGGCGUGCCAUUGGUGCGGCUGGGCAACAGAAUGGCUUCCGGUGACGAUGCAUUCCUCGCCUGCGCAGGCAAGCCAAUGAUUGCAGACAGACUGUGCUGUGUAACUGAUGAUGGCCUUCCAGCAAGUGUGGUGAGGAUGCUGGUAGGUUUCGAGCGCAAAGCAUCCAUGGCCAUGGAGCGGCUGGGCUGCUCUCAUGAGAUUCAGAGGAUACUCAAGCACACCUGGGAGGCCGAAAUGGGAGCUGCAGUGGAGGAUGCUGCCGAGCAACGCGCCAUUUCUGUGGGCCGGGAGGCUGGUCUCCAGUAUGAGAAGUCUGAGCUACAGCUGGCCGUCUUGAACACGACAAAAGAGGCCCAUCUUCUCCGGGUCAGACUGGAGUCUGCCCUGGACGACUUGGAGGAGGCAGAGGCGCAGCGGCAAGUGCUUGAAGCGUGGGUAAUCGAGCAAGAGGGAACGUUAGCCAAGGAGCGCCUGGAGCGCGAGCGCAUGCGGCAGCGGUGGCAGGUCGUCCGCGAGCAGGCGCAGCAGGAACAGCGGGCGCGCAUGCAGGCCCAGGCUGAGCGGGACGACCUGGCUACGGCCCUCCGCGAGGAAAAAGCAGCCAGGGUGCAGGCUGAGAAAGCGGUGCAGGCUGGGGAAAGGGAGCUGGCCGCCCUGGAGAAGAGCCACUGUGCGCUACAGCAGCGCGCGGAGGAUCUGCAGAAAGAGCUGACCAGCACCCAGGCGGCCCAGACGGAGCGGCUGGGUGGGGAGCAUGAGCGGGUGGUGCAGUUGGAGCAACAGCUAGCGGCCGCACAGGGAGAUCUCCAGAAGGUGGAGAAGGAACGAGGGGCGGCAAGGAAAGAGAGCGGCAGGCUAGCCAAGGUGGUGGAGGAGCAGGGCCGCGAGCUGGAGGUCGCGGAACAGGAGCACGCGGCGCAAGCGGAUGCGGUGCAGGCCCUCAAGGCGGAGCUGGCGGCACUCAAGGCCAGCCACGCAACACUGAGCGCGGAGAACGGCGACCUGCGCAUGCUGGCCGGCGAGGCGGGGGCCACGGUUCCUGAGCGCCGCCCGGCCCGCAAGUCCCGCGAGUCCCCCACCCGCAACCUGGGAGGCGCCAUGGAGCAAGCAGCCCCAGCGCCCAAGCGACAGAAGAAGGCGCCAGGCAAAGCCGUCAAAGGUGCGCUCCAGUCGAAGGCUGAAAAGGGCGGAAGCAACGUGGCACCUGAGGAGGAAGCUGGCAAAGCAGCGCACGAGGCCGGAGCAGGCAAGGAGCGGGAAGCGAAGGACAUGCCGGCGGAGCCCGAGAAGGACGACCCGGAGCGACGGUUCUCGCCCCGCCUCAAACGGCCAAUCAGCGCGGAGAGCCGGCAGUCUGGGCGGCCGCCGUUGCCCUGUGCCGGCGGCGCGGGGCAGCCCCUGGAGCGGGACCCGAAGAGGGCCAAGCUGGAGCAGGCGGCGGCGCCGCCCGCGAACUUGGGGCAGGGCUGCGAGCAGGCCCCGCGCGCCCCGCUGCAGGCCGUCCCCACGAACACGGCCCCGGCGAGCAGCCACGUGGACGUCCCCAAAGGCUUGAAGCCCAAGAGGACCCUCGCACCCAGUGCCUCCAAGGUCUUGAUGGGACUGCCGCCGAGGGAGCCGCCCAAGUCUCUGUUCGGCAAGGCGUUCAAGGUGCCGCAGCUGCUGAAGGCGAAGGCACAGACAGGCACAACGUCGCAGGAAGUAGACCAGGCUACCCUUAUGUCUCCAUGAAGCUGGACCCGACAGGAAAUCAUUGGCACACGUGUCAUGAUCAUCCGCCUGCACAUACUAGCAACUGGACAUUGCGGAAAUUGUGGAACUUCAAAGUAAGAGCAUGGCGUGAGCGACCUUCUUGUACCAGCCCUGAAUCGUACUGCCAACAGGAAGAUACUGUUUCCAGAGGCUGCUGAUGCAGUCACUUAAAUUGACGCAGAUCUAGUUUUAAUGGAUCAUGCGAGCCGUGUGAAAUUAGUGAGGACGAUUGACCAGUCCGAGCAGCAACAGCAAGCAAGAAUGCAAAUUCUCGGAAAGGGUUGAAGCGGGCCGCUGCGUGGCACAGCUUGCGCAUUUUGACCUGAACCAUGGGGGUUGUAGCGCAGUUUUCCAUGUGCGGUUCAUAAUUGGAAAAUUUUCUAAGAGUUUUUCUGAGAUUCGAGGUAAACAGGCUUUGGAACAAGGUGGGGCACAAUCAAAAACUCACAGCUACCAAGACACGGUCAGACAGACAUGCACCGGCCGGUGCAUGAAUCCUUUG